UUGCUUUACUUUUCUUCCCCAGCAGAUUUAUUUUCCAUUAUUAAUAAAUCGGCCCCACUUUUCUUUGAAUUUAGACUUGGCGUCUGCAGUGAAGUAGAGAACGCUCUAACUCCCCAGAUUGGCAGAGUUCGUUGGAACCUCUCUUCAGCUGGUACCAGGUUCUACUUAAAUACCACUCAAAAUUCACUGUCAUCUUUACAGGCAUCGGGUUGCGCUCAAGGAGACGAUCUAGUUGGUCCAUCCGAGAAAUUAGCCUCUCGAUCCGGCCUGCAAUUCUCUUCCUCGCCUCUCCGUGACACCACAACCUCCUCCCCGGCUGCCUUAUCUGCCAGGUCUUCACAAACCUUCUCGGCUUUACUAACACCUCCUAUCACCUCCGCUUUGCCCAUUUUUACACCCUCUUUUCCCUCAACUCCUUCCUCUGCAUACGGUGGGCCGACGUGUAUCUUGGGUCGUGGGCAGCGAGCUACUGCUGUGCAUUAUGCGGCUACUGCUCCACGCUGGUUUGCCCGAUCCUUGAUCGUCGGUGCUAGAAAACCGGGUUCAGAUGCACCCGGAAAUGCAGAGAUUUGUCACACAAAGGUAAAAAUUCAUCUCACUUGCUGUGUUCUUGCAUGA